CCGCAGCGGCAGCGGCCGGAGCAGCCCGCGGGGAGCCGGGCCGGGGCCGCCAGCGCCGGAGCACGCGAGCGCGCGCCGCACCCCGCACCGCAGCGCCGCGGCCGCCGCCGAGCCGCCGCCAUGGCCCGCGGGAAAGCCAAGGAGGAGGGCGGCUGGAAGAAGUUCAUCUGGAACUCGGAGAAGAAGGAGUUUCUGGGCAGGACCGGCGGCAGCUGGUUUAAGAUCCUCCUGUUCUACGUGAUAUUCUACGGCUGCCUGGCUGGCAUCUUCAUCGGGACCAUCCAGGUGAUGCUGCUCACCAUCAGCGAGUUCAAGCCCACCUACCAGGACCGCGUGGCCCCCCCAGGGUUAACCCAGAUCCCUCAGAUCCAAAAGACCGAAAUCUCCUUUCGCCCUAACGACCCCAAGAGCUAUGAGGCGUAUGUGCUCAACAUAGUUAGGUUCCUGGAGAAGUACAAAGAUUCGGCCCAGAAGGAUGAAAUGAUUUUUGAAGAUUGUGGCAAUGUGCCCAGCGAAAUCAAAGAGCGCGGAGAAUUUAACAAUGAACGAGGCGAGCGGAAAGUCUGCAGGUUCAAGCUCGAGUGGUUGGGAAACUGCUCUGGGAUAAAUGAUGAAUCCUACGGCUACAAAGAGGGCAAACCCUGCGUCCUAAUAAAGCUGAACCGAGUUCUGGGCUUCAAACCUAAGCCGCCCAAGAACGAGUCCCUGGAGGCCUACCCGGCGCUCAAGUACAGCCCCUACGUCCUGCCGGUCCAGUGCGCGGGCAAGCGAGACGAAGACAAGGAUAAAGUUGGGAACGUGGAGUAUUUUGGCCUGGGCGGCUACCCCGGCUUUCCCCUGCAGUAUUACCCCUACUACGGCAAGCUGCUCCAGCCCAAGUACCUGCAGCCGCUGCUGGCCGUGCAGUUCACCAACCUCACCAUGGACACUGAAAUCCGCGUCGAGUGUAAGGCGUACGGUGAGAACAUUGGGUACAGUGAGAAAGACCGUUUUCAGGGACGCUUUGAUGUAAAAAUUGAAGUUAAGAGCUGAUCACAAGCACAAAUCUUUCCCACUAGCCAUUUAAAAAGUUAAAAAAAAAGAUACAAAAAACAAAAACCUACUAGUCUUGAAUAAACUGUCAUACGUAUGGGACCUACACUUAAUCUAUAUGCUUUACACUAGCUUUCUGCAUUUAAUAGGUUAGAAUGUAAAUUUAAAGUGUAGCAAUAGCAACAAAAUAUUUAUUCUACUGUAAAUGACAAAAGAGAAAAAUAAAAAUUGAGCCUUGGGACGUGCCCAUUUUUACUGUAAAUUAUGAUUCCAUAACUGACUCGUAGUAAGCAGUGUUUCCGGCCCCUGAGUAUUGCUGCCUUGUGGAUCUGAUGUGAUGUACAGUUCUGUAGGUGCACACUCUGGUCAUUUCUCAAGCCAUGUUUAUCGCAUCUGUUUUCUACUGUAUGUGAGCAAGGUUUGCUGUCCAAGGUGUAAAUAUUCAAUGGGAAUAAAACUGGCAUGGUACUUUUUUUUUCUUUUCGGUUUGGCUCUUUCAAAUACUAAUGGCCCAUCGAUGAGCAUUUUUAACACACUCCAUAGUCUUCUCCUGUGGUGUUGGGUCUUUACUUUUUGUUUUGUUGUUGUUUUCUUUCCUGGGGCUGGGGGAGGGGGUGGGCUGUCAUGGGGGAACUGCCCUUUAAAUUUUAAGUGACACUACAGAAAAACACAAAAAGGUGAUGGGUUGUGUUGUGCUUUGUAUCGAAUGCCGUCUUGACCUCUCUUCCCUUGUUCUCCAGUACGAUCUGAAGCUGUGUAUGAGAUCUGGAUCGCCUGUCACUUGGGCUGGUGAUGGGCCUAAUUCAUUUGCUUUACAUUUUCUUUUAUUUUCCUUUUAUUCCUUUCUCUGGAGGCAUCACAUGCUGGUG